AAAAAGGCAAGUUUAUCAUCGACGUCGACGUCCGUUCCGUACCGAUUUAUACGGCCGCUGUUGAUUCCAGAUUAUUAACGCGAUUGGUAGGAGUUUUCGAUCUUACCCGACGACAGCCGGCGAGGAGCGAGCAGGGACGCUAAACGAGUAGGCAGCGCUGACUCUUUCCUUCACCACACUUCGCCACGCCUACCUUUACUGCUCUUCAGCCUAGGCCUAGCCCAGAAGAGGCACAACCCGCGACCUACCUCGUCGUCCGCUAGUGCCGCCGGAAAACCAAACAAACCUCGCCAUAGAACUGCCGGAUCCCAAAUUGAAGAAAAAAUGAGAAAGCAUAUUUUUGUUAUAUAUAUCCAAUUUGCUAGCAACUUGUUAUGUUUGGUUGAAUUCAACCAUACACUCUUGUGAAGAUGAAAUUAGGGUUCUUUGUUUGACGACAAUACAUGGUGGAAUGAUGCACGAUGCAGCCUUAAUUAAGCUUUUGAAAGAUGAUGAGGCUUCAAAAUUAUGCUGGAUUUAGUUUUUUAGCAACUAUGAGUGCUAUCUGCUAUGCAUUUAGUAGCAGAGGGCAGUUCUAUCCUGCCACGGUGUACCUCUCCACUUCCAAGAUUUGUUUUGUCCUUCUGCUGAACAUGGGUCUAGUCAUCAUGUGUAUAAUGUGGCAGUUAGUGAAGCGUUUAUUCCUGGGUUCACUCAGAGAAGCAGAAGCUGAAAGACUUAACGAACAAUCAUGGAGGGAGGCCAUGGAUAUUCUUUUUGCAAUUACCAUAUUCCGUCAAGACUUCUCAGUUACUUUUCUAGCUAUGGUCACGGCUCUUUUGUUGAUCAAGGCAUUGCAUUGGUUGGCCCAGAAGAGAAUUGAAUAUAUAGAGACAACUCCAUCCGUUUCUAUGCUGUCCCAUGUACGGAUAGUUUCAUUUAUGUUUUUCCUCCUCAUUGUUGACUGUCUUUUCUUGCACAGUUCUUUGAGGUCUCUGAUACAAACUCGGCAAGCAUCAGUUGCACUCUUCUUUACAUUUGAAUAUACAAUCUUAGCAACAACAACGGUGUCAACAUUUGUGAAGUAUGUAUUCUAUGUAAGUGACACGUUUAUGGAAGGGCAGUGGGAGAGGAAGGCUGUUUAUACAUUUUACCUUGAGCUUGUUCGGGACCUUCUUCACCUGUCUUUGUAUAUAGUAUUUUUUCUAGCCAUCUUUGUGAGCUAUGGUAUCCCGUUGCAUCUGAUACGCGAGCUAUAUGAGACAUUUCGCAGUUUUACAAAGCGUGUGACAGAUUAUGUUCGAUACCGCAAAAUUACCUCAAAUAUGAAUGAGCGUUUCCCCGACGCAACACAAGAAGAACUUAAUGUGACUGAUGCAAUAUGCAUUAUAUGUCGAGAAGAGAUGAUCACAGCAAAGAAAUUGUUAUGCGGGCACCUUUUUCAUAUCCGUUGUCUAAGGUCAUGGUUAGAGAGACAACAUACUUGCCCUACCUGCAGAGCUUUGGUUGCACCACCUGAAAAUGGGCCUGCAUCUAGGCAGCACGGAAUUCCAUAUGUUCCAAAUCAACCUAUAGUUGGAUCAGCGGCAACUUCAUCUUCACAGAGUCUCAGUGGCGCGACAGAAGAUGCUAAAUUAAGCCGGCAUCAGGCCCUGCUUCAAGCAGCGGCAAUGGCUGCAUCCUUAUAUGAAACUUCAUUCAUCUACCGUCCACCAAGUUCCUUCUGGCCUCCAGGUCAUGGAUCAAAUCGGAAUGAUAAUCCACAUUCAGAGGCAUUCAACCGGACGACAGUGUCACUAACUGGAGAAGUAGCUGCUUCUGGACAAUCCACCGAUGGCGAGGUAUCCGACAAUCAAGUUCUUCAAGCAUCAUUAUUGAAGGCGCAACAAGAUGUCAUCCGAAGCCAGAUUCAGCUUCUACAAACUCAACUGCAAGCUCUACAACAGCAGGUACAUCAAUCCAAACCUGGUGAUGCUGAUCCAAAGGGAAAGUCUACUAUCACAUUCGAUCCUACCACAUCUACAUCAUCAACAAGUUCGUAGGACAGGAUACAUUGGGAGUUUGUGUUCUAACUUCUGCUUAUUCACUGGAAGGCGAGAUAGAGAAAUACAUUGUUACAAGAGGAAGAAGACUUUGCUAUUUUACUCUUUGACUAUUUAUGAUCAUCUGUAUCCUAAUUAUCGCAUCGUCUUCUACAUGGUUCAUAACAAAGACCUCAAAUGUCUAUUGCAACAAGGGUGCUCUAGAACGCCAUCUAAACUAGAAUCUUACCUUCUUCCA